UUUGGUUUAACACUGUACAAUUUAGAUAAAUCAAAUGUGUUUAAAACUGUUGGUCUCCCUAUUGCAGUGUGUACUUUGUACAAUAUGCAUAAUGAAAUCGUGAACAUUUAAUUCACAUUACAGGAUACUACUUCUUAAAGAUGUGUACAUUUACCUGUCUGUCUUUUGUAGGAUUUUUGUGUUUAUAUUCUUUCUUAUUCAACUUUGUGAACGGUACACCGCAGACAGCUCCGACAUUACCGCCAACAACACCGAUAUCGCGAAACACAGAAUCGACGACCCGGCAUACUACAAAUCAAACCCAGAUAACGACAACAAGGCGGAUUACAACAACACCUAAAAUCACAUGUCAGCCAAGUCAAGUUGUGUUUAUCAUCAGCGAUGACAAGCCGCCUGGUCACAAAGAAAAAAUCAGUAUUUCAUGUAAUAAUUGGGGCAACAAAAACGUGUCAUUCCACUUAGAAAUGGCCUUCGAUGAAGACAGGUACUUUGCGGUUCAGUAUUUCCAGCGCUACAAUUACUUGCAAGUUACAGUUAAGAAUACACUAAAGACUAAUUACAACAGGCCUACACAUCUAACAGUGAAGGAGGAGCCUUUUAGGAAUGUUACUUUGAACAGGAUACCAUUUUACAUAAAUGUGAUUGAAAUGAAUGACCCACCAUCUAUAUUUCCAUCGGAAUUGAAAACAUCGGUACCUGAAGAUGUGGCAGUAGGCUCUAUCAUUGGUUCUUUGAAUUUUUCUGAUCCGGAUAUGGGAGAAUGGGAGGAAUGGAGAGAACUGGAGGUGUAUAGCCAAGAUAUACCCGAAGAACUAAGAAUAGACAGACUGGCAAACGGUACUAUCCUGUUAAAGACGAAUAAAACAUUAGAUGCCGACAAAUACAGAAAUUACAGUCAGAUAAACAGCACGAUGGGAUUUCUAGUGGAACAGGCAGAUGAAGGUCCAAUAAUACAUUUUACAAUUGAGGUUAAAGAUAAGCCGGGACUUACUUCUGCAGCAAUUGUAAGUCUCACUAUCAUUGAUAUUGCUGACGAAAAUCCAGUAUGCACAGAACAAACGGUCAUGAUCAAGACUCACGUCAAGAAAAUAGGUGAUUUAAUUACCAGCCUUUAUGGAAUCUGUGAUGUUGGAAAUUACGUCAAAAGAGGAUUAUCAUAUUCUUUGCUACACGAUAACUGCACUGCAUUUAGUGUGGUCCCAGAUGGAUUUGUUACGGUGCGAAACAAAAUUCCGGAUAAUACACGGUUUUGUCUGCUCACUGUGGAAGCAGCAGACGGAGCUGUUCCAACAUUGACGGCAAACUUUACCAUUGGUAUUAUUUUACGCUUUUGUCCAAGUGACACUGACUACAGAAAUAUAAAAUGGGAGGUCGGAAUGCCAAGGAAUUACACAGUCCACCGAUGUCCCCCUGGGUCUAAUGGAAGAGUAACAAGAUACUGUAAUGAAAAUGAAGAAUACCAGGACCCAGUGUAUAACUGCACAAGUUCAGUAAUAGCUGAUAUUCACAAGAAGUUAAAGCGGGAUGGUGACAGUGCCAAUGUAAUUGAAGUGUUAGAUACUCUGGCAGCUGCUACAUCGGAAUCAAGUAGGAAUGAUACACUUUUGAUUGGAGACAUGAAUACUAUCAAUUCUACACUGUCAAUUAUAACAGACCUAAUCACAGUCAACACUACAAAUGUUGAUCAUGUGACAUACUCCUUCAUGGAAACAGCCAACAAUAUCCUGGAACUUAAAACAACGCCUACAUGGAAAGUAAUGAUAAAUCAGACAGGUUCUGGAGCAGAAACUGUUCUUGAAAAUAUUGAUCGUUUUGUGGAGAAAAUUGUGAGCACAAGGAAUACAACUAUCGCCGUCCCAAAGUCUAACUUAUAUUUGAAGAUUGGCUCCAUUAAAGCUUGUGAGAAAGCUAUCAGCUUCCCUGACCGCGGCUCUGAUAGUGUUUCAGAAUGGGCACAGACAACACAGGAUCAGAUAGUAAUUGGUUGUGGUGAUGAGACGGUCAAAUCUUAUAGUGGUGUUAUGUAUAGAAAUUUAUCGCAGAUUAUCCCCUCAACAACCAUUGACAACAGAUCUACAGGCGUACAACUGAAUGCACCAGUUAUGUCAUUUACAUACUUUCCAAGUAUUAAAAGACAACUUGACAGUCCAGUGGAAAUUACAUUUCAGUUAUAUAACAAUCAUUGGGAACAUGCUAGAUGUUCCUUCUGGGAGGAAACUAAUGGUUCGCAAGGCUUUUGGUCUGAAGAAGGUUGUCAGCAAAAAGAAGACGAUCAGAAUAAAGGCACGGUGGUUUGUGUAUGUGAGCACCUUACAAACUUUGCUGUGCUUAUGAGUCCAUCGUCACCGUCAAAGGUGCCAGAAGACCAUGCCACUGCACUGUCUAUAAUAUCGAUGACUGGCUGUAUAAUCUCGAUGAUAUGUCUUUUCCUGACUGCAGCUCUCCAUAUAUACUUCUGGAGAGUCGUUAAGUCUGUCAGGUCCAUACUCCACAUCAAUUUGUCGUGCUCCUUGUUCAUUGCAUACAUCCUGUUUCUUUCUGGUAUUAACAGAACGGAACACAAGGAUGUUUGUACAGCAAUGGCAGUACUUCUUCAUUUGGUGUUUUUGACUGUGUUCUUCAUCAUGCUGACUGAAGGAAUCAAUCUAGCUUACAUUGCUAUAAAACCACUCAAUACUCGCAAACCUUACACUCAACAACCUGGUAUACAUUUGUUGAUAGCAUCAUAUGUUCUCGCAGUUAUCAUUGUAGCAGUGUCAAUGGGAGUAACCAAGUUGGAAGGAUACGGGACUGAAAAUAAAUGUUGGCUUUCUACGGAGACCGGACUGAUUUGGGCAUUCAUUGUACCCGUGCUAGUUAUUAUCGCGUUAAACGUCAUCAUUGUUGCCAUAGUUAUUUGGGUAAUGUGUGGGACAGCUGCAAUAUCAAGAAAAUCAAGUAUGGGCCGAUUGAAGACUGCGUUGCGAAGUAUUUUGAUACUGACACCAAUAAUGGGCUUGACAUGGGUGUUCGGCGCCUUUUCCAUCAAUGAGGACACUCUGAUUUUCCAGUACCUUUUCGCUAUCUUUAAUAGCCUGCAGGGUUUGCUUAUUUUUAUAUUCCACUGUCUGGUGAAUAAAAAGAUAAGAGCGACAUUAAGAAGAAAGAGGCCAAAAUGGCUAUCAUCCGACAGUACAGGCGCUUCUUCUUCUGAAAGACAAAAAAUGAAAACACAAGAUACAACAGACUUAUGAGCUCAGUCCUGUCGAAUCUUUUGGCGAAUAACUCAACAAAGUACACUUCUAGGGACAAGGAACCUCAAGUUGAAAUAUGGCUGGAAAUGUCAACACGUUAUGUCUAUAUAAAUGCUUAUUAUAAGACUUGCUACAUUUAUUAACAUACAUCAAUCAAGUUGUAUUUGAAUUAUCUUACUUACAAUACAUUUCAAAAACGCAUUAUUAUUAUUUUUAUAUUACUCAGGAAGUUUAAUAGGAAAUGUCACUUAUUUCUUUUUAUCUUUUUGAAUUUUCACCCUUGCCCCAAUUUCCCCUAACACCCGACCCUUUUAUCUACCCCUUACCCCUCCUUUCCCCCUUUUUCUCUAUUUUGCAUAUAAUUAAAAUGUACUUGUUGGAUUUUUGAAGCAACACGUCUACAAUAUUUUCCCGUUACAGCCUCUUUUUGUUAGGGCCUUCUUUAGGAUGCAUGGCUCUAUGGCUGUGUUUGGGAUGCUCUGUGCUUCCGGGAAAUCUACCCUUACCUUUUAUCUUUGAUAAACCACCCACAAGGAACAACAGGGCUAAAAACAAACAGAUACUAUUAAACGAGCCACUUGACGUAGUUAUUUGGUCUUUGAAAUAUUUGUAUGGACCGCUUUCAAAUUUGUUCAAAUAGAUUCACUUGAUCGCAUUUAGGGGCUGUCCGAGCUAGAGUAGGUGUUUCAAAGCAUUGGCUGUUUUUCGAUGAAGACUAACAUAUACAUGUUUUGGUGAAACUAGAACUCACCUUUAAAUUUCUGUAUUUAUCUAAGAUCCAUUUGAUAAAUCAUAAAAUUUCCAUUUGUUCCAUGUUAGACAUUCUUUAAAGUUAACUGUACAUGAUUCAAUUUUGUGUUAUUUUCUAAACCUUUGGAAUUAUGGAAUUUAGCAGUGUAUUCAAUAUUUCUGUAUGAUAAUAGAGUUCCACUUUGAGGAGGAGCUAGGUGGCAUGAGCCUGAGGGAUUUGCGCAUUGGCAUUUUCUCUCAUGAAUAGAGUUAUCUUAAACCUAGUCUGCUAUCAGUCUACUUUGUUUGUUUUUGUCAUUUCUUCAAAAGAAUCGUCUUAACGAUUUCCAUUUAUUUGUUUUGUUUUUGUUUUCUAUUUGAUUUAAAAUAACAACAACAAAAAAGUAAUUCUUCUGAAGAUAUUAUAAAAAUCUGUAUUAUGGUCUAUUUGACUACAACUUUCCAUGCAUUAUUAAAAAAUGCUUCAUUCAAAAUUGAUUUUAAUUUUACAUUAGCGGUAUACGCGUGAAACAUGUGUAAAGGGUUUAUGACAUAACAGUUUUACAUUUACUGGAAAACAACUUUGUUGUCAUUUCGUAGUUUGAAAUAUUUCCGUGUAAUAAACUUUUCAAUUUUUAGACACUACCGUUUGUUUGUCAAUUUGUUGGUAAAUUAUUGUAAUGAUUUGAUAUCUAAACUAAAUUAGACUGGUAGAAACUGGUAAGAUUGAAAUUUUGACCAGCUUUGGUAGAGCGAAACUGUUCUAAAUAAUCUGGUUUUUCAAAUAUCUUUCAUAAAAUAAGUCACUAUCCGUUUUGUUUUGAAUAUGAAAAAAAGUCAAAGCUUUAUUAAGCAAGAUAAGAAAGUUCUCUCUGAUCCCUCAGUGUGUUCUUUGCAUGUUAUAUACUCAUAGUAACUUAAAGGCGUACGCUAGAAUUAGGGUCGAAUUUUUUCCUAGUAAUAGAAUUUCUUCAAACUUUAGAUAUUGGAGGACAGUCAUCAAAGAAGCAAAAAUAUGCAAUAAAAAUCAUUGGUCACCAGUACUGAAAAAGAGUUAUCUGCCCUUGAAAACGUCAUUUUCCCCAAAAAUACUGAUUUCAAGGACAUAAUUAUAACGUUUUUCAAUACCGGUGACCUAUGAUUUUUAUUGCAUAUUUUUGUUUCGUAGAUGAUUGUCGUUCAAUAUCAAAAGUUUGAAGAAAUUCUAUUAUUGGGAAAAUUUUCGCCCAUCACCAUACAGGAAAUUCUAGCAUACGUCUUUAAGUUAUAUGUUUUUAGCUCAAGGGUGAGCUAUUGUGGUCAGUGAUUGUCCGGCGUCCGUCGUCGUCCGUCAACACCUCUCCGCCUAAACCACCAGUCCAAUUUUGAUGAAACUUGACAGGGAUGUUCCUUGCAUGAUUCUCAUUAAAAUUGUUCAAAGAAUUGAAUUCCAUACAUAAGUCUGGUUGCCACGGCAACCGAAAGGAAAAACUUUAAAAAGCUUCUUGUCCAAAACCACAGUAUCUAGGGCUUUGCUAUUUGGUAUGUGGCAUCAUCUAAUGGUCCUCUACUAAGUAUGUUCAAAUUAUCCCUCUAGGUUCAAAUACGGCCCCGCCCUGGGGCGUCACAUGGUUUACGUAGAUUUAUAUAAGGAAAAAACGUUGAUAAUCUUCCUGUCCAAAACCAUUAGGCCUAGGGCUUUGAUAUUUGGUAUGUAGCAUCAUCUAGUGGUCCUCUACCAAGAUUGUUCAAAUUAUUUCCCUAGGGUCAAAUAUAGCCCCGCCCGGUUUUUAUAGACUUUUUAUAGACUAUAUAGGGAACAAUUUUGAAAAUCUUCUUGUCCAAAACCACAGGGUCUAGGGCUUUGAUAUUUUGUAUGUGACAUCAUCUUGUGGUCCUCUACUAAGAUUGUUCAAAUUAUCUACCUAGGGAAAAAUAGGGCCCCACCCUGGGGUUCACAUGGUUUACUUUGACUUAUAUAGAGAAAAACUUUGAAAAUCUUCUUGUCCAAAACAUCAGCGCCUAGGACUUUGAUAUUUGUAAUGUAGCAUCAUCUAGUGGUUCUCUACCAAGAUUGUUCAAAUUACCCCUAGGGUCAAAUAUGGCCCCACCCCGGGGGUCACAUGGUUUAUAAAGACUUAUAAAGGGGAAAAACUUUGAAAAUCUUCUUGUACAAAACCACAAUAGCUAGGGCUUUGAUAUUUUGUAUCUAGCAUCAUCUAGUGGUCCUCUACUACGACUGUUCAAAUUAUCCCCCUAGGGUUAAAUAUGACCCUGCACCGGGGGUCGCAUGGUUUAUAUAGACCUAUAUAGGGGAAAUCUUUAAAAAUCUUCUCGUACAAAACCUCAGGAGCUGGUGCUUUGAUAUUUGGUAUGUAGCGUUAUUUGAUAGUCCUCUACCAAGUUUGUUCAAAGUUUGUUCAAAUUAUCUCCCUAAUGUCAAAAUUUAAUAUGGCCCCGCCCCGGGAGUCACAUGAAUAAUAUAGACUUAUAUAGGGAAAAUCUUUGAAAAUCUUCUUCUCUUAAAACACAGGGCCUAUGGCUUUGAUAUUUUGUAAUGUAGCAUCAUCUAGUGGUCCUCUACCAAUAUUGUUCAAAAUAUCCCCCUAGGGUCAAAUAUGGCCUCGCCCAGGCCCGGGUCACAUGGUUUAUAAAGACUUGUAUAGGAAAAACUUUAAAAAUCUUCUUGUCUGAAGCUAGAAGGCCCAGGCUUUUGAUAUUUGGUAUGCUGCAUUGCCUAUUAGUCCUCUACCAAGAAUAUUCAAAUUAUGCCCCUUAGUUAAAGAGAGGCCCAACCUAGGGGGUCCCAAGUUUUACAUAGACUUAUAUAGGAAAAAAAAAUCUUCUUGCCUGAAAGAUCAAGGUCUAGGCCCUUGAUAUUUGGUAUGUAUCAUUGCUAGUUGAUCUCUAACAAGAUUGUUCGAAUUAUGCCCCUAGAGUGAAAUGAGACCCCAACCCGGGGGUCACUUGUUAUAUGUAUAACUCAUAAGUUAUAUAGAAAAAAAAAUACUGAAAAAUUAUCAAAUCAUAUUUCCUAGACUGUUUAAUUAUAAUAAACUGACGAUCGCAAGUGAUUAGGGGUCAUUUGACCUUGACCUUGACCUACAGACUUACUUUCUUAUUUUCUAAGAUACAGUCUUGAAAUUUGGAUGGCAUGUACAGUUUUGCACACCGAUCUUAAAACUGACUUUCAGUGAUCAUGAAUGUGACCUACUGACCUACUUUCUUGUUUUUUUUUGAGAUACAGCCUUGAAAUUUGGAUGACAUGUUAAGUUUUGCACACAGAUCUUAAUACUUAAUUUCAGUGACCAUGAAUAUGACCUACUGACCUACUUUGUUUUUGGUUUUUAAGAUACAGCCUUGAAAUUUGGAUGACAUGUUAAGUUUUGCACACUGAUCUUAAUACUGACUUUCAGUGACCAUGAAUGUGACCUACUGACCUACUUUCUUGUUUUUUAAGAUACAGCCUUGAAAUUUGGAUGACAUGUACAGUUUCCUACUGAUCUGCUUUCUUGUGUUUUAAGAUAAAGCCUUGAAAUUCGAUGACAUGUUCAGUUUUGCACACCGAUAUUAAUACUGACUUUCUGUGUCCAUGAAUGUGACCUACUGACCUACGUUCUUUUUUUUAAGAAACAGCCUUGAAAUUUGGAUGACAUGUACAGUUUUGCCUUUCGAUCUUAAAACUGACUUUCAGUGACCAUGAAUGUGACCUACUGACCUACUUUCUUGUUUUUUUUAAGAUAGAGCCUUGAAAUUUGGAUGACAUGUACAGUUUUGCACACCUAACUUAAAACUGACUUUAAGUGAUCAUGAAUAUGACCUACUGACCUACAUUCUUGUUUUUUAAGAUACAGAUUUGAAAUUUGGAUGACAUGUACAGUUUUUCAUACUGAUCUAAAAAAGACUUUCAGUGACCAUGAAUGUGACCUACUGACCUACUUUCUUGUUUUUUAAGAUACAGCCUUGAAAUUUGGAUGACAUGUAUAGUUUUACACACCGAUCUUAAAAUGACUUUCCAUGACCAUGAAUUUGACCUACUGACCGCAUACAUGUAGCUCAUAUUACUCAGGUGAGCGACCAAGGGUUAUCAUGACCCUCUUGUUAUACAUAAUAUUUUGAAUAAUUUCAAUGGUGUUUCGCUACAAAGCAAAUACGUUUUAUAGAUAUGUUUUUAAAUGUCUAUACAUAUGUAUGUAAAACAAUAAAGCAUUACCUGAAUAAAUUACCUUCAUCAUCUGCA